UGCAGUUAAGUCGCGGGCUGAUGACGUCGCAGAGAGAGGAGGUACGGGUUUGCCACGUCGGUCUCCGUGCAACGCAUUUACACUGUUGCUCCUGAAGCCCGCGGCUAACUUUUAAAGCCGUGUUUUAUGUGUUUAACCCGGAGAGAAGGCGACCGUCCAGCAUCGCCGGUGCUCUCGUAGCUCGUCACCUCACCAGUGCAGCCGGGUAUAUUGAAGCUGGAAGGCGGAGAAAAUGCUCUGUGCUGUCUGGACUCGUCAGGCUGGAAGCCACACAACUGACUGAUGCAUCCUCGUUCACUUCACCCCACCGUGUGUUGUUGGCCUGGCUGUACAUGGUGGCACAUUAAGGAGAAGGGGAGGACUCCCGGCAGCUGAAAAACGGUAACUGGCGACCAUGCCAGGAGGUCGCAGGGGCCCCAGCAGACAGCAGCUCAGUCGCUCUGCUCUGCCGUCCCUGCAGACUCUGGUUGGAGGCAACCUCGGCAAUGGUACAGGCCUCAGGAACAGGAGCAGUAAUGUGGUGGGUCUGUCUGCGCUUCCUCUCUCGGCCCUCAUUACUCCGGAGCCGGUCCGACACGCGAGGAUCCCCGAGCUGCCGUUGGACAGCAGCCUGCUGUUUGAGUUCCUGCUCUUCCUUUAUUUGCUGGUGGCCUUGUUUGUCCAGUACAUGAACAUCUACAGGACGGUGUGGUGGUACCCAUACAGCCACCCCGCUGCCUCUACCUCGCUUAACUUUCAUCUAAUGGACUACCACCUGGCUAUCUUCAUCACAGUCAUGUUGGCCAGGAGGCUCGUUUGGACCAUCGUUUCAGAGGUGUCUCAGAGCAGCGGCGGAUCUCUGCUCCGUUACGUGGUUCUGAUCGCAGCUCGGCUCAGCCUGCUGACCAUGUGCGGUUGGGUGCUCUGCUGGACGCUGGUCAACCUCUGCAAGAACCACUCUGUGCUCAACCUCCUCUUCCUGGGUUACCCAUUUGGUGUGUACGUCCCGCUAUGCUGCUUCCAUCAGGAGGGAGGGAAAAGCCAAACACCGGCGGCUGACUGCGAUUACCCCGCCGACCACCACCAGCAGACCGACCUAACAGACAGCCCGUUCUUUCGACCACGUGACUUCCUCUUCCUGUUGCGAGAGAACCUCAGAGAGCAGUUUUCCAGCCCGCCGCACAUGCCUACGCACACCUGCCCACCGCACACACACUCGCACACACCGGAGUUGAUUCGAGCAGAGGUGGAGGAGCUGAAGAGCGACUUCAACCGGCGAAUCAAGGAAGUGCUGUUCAACUCGUUGUUCAGCGCCUACUACGUAGCCUUCCUGCCUCUCUGCUUCGUUAAGAGCACGCAGUACUAUGACAUGCGCUGGUCAUGUGAGCACCUGAUCAUGGUGUGGAUCAAUGCGUUUGUCAUGCUGAUGAGUCAGCUGCUCCCCCCGAGCUACUGCGACCUGCUUCAUCGCUCGGCAGCUCACCUGGGCCGCUGGCAGAAACUGGAGCACGGCUCGUACAGCAACGCACCUCAGCAUGUGUGGUCAGAAAGCACCAUUUGGCCUCAAGGGGUGUUGGUACGACACAGUCGGUCUCUGUAUAAGGCAGUCGGAGCGUAUAACGUCGCUCUGCCCUCUGAUGUUUCCCAUGCAAGGUUUUAUUUCCUGUUCCACAAGCCGUUGCGGAUCCUAAACCUGCUGAUCUGGAUCGAGUCCAGUGUGGUUUUGUACCAGUUAUACUCUCUGCUGCGCUCUGAGCGCUGGAACCACACUUUGUCUCUGGGCCUUAUUCUCUUCUGCAACUACUAUGUCCUUUUUAAACUGCUCCGAGACCGCAUCGUGCUGGGCAAAGCCUACUCCUACCCUCUGUCCUCCAGCAGCCUGGGGCUCAAGUCGCAGUAGAGGCUCCUCGCAGCGAGACCUCACCUACGAACUCUGGACGUGGAGGGGAGACGGGUGGAGGUCUGCUGAAGGGUUAGUGCUCCUGCUUGGAGGCCCCGGGGCCAGACUGUGAACUCACAAUCGUUUUUUUGAUACGGUUCUAUUUUUAAUGCAAUGUUUAUAUAUAUACCUAUUUAAAGAAUAUUUUUAUUUUGUAUACUAUUUCGAGUUACGCCGGGCAUUACCACGCUGACGACAUUAGCAUGUUGUGUAAUGUUGUUGCUAGGCGACAGGGAAGUCAGGGAAUGCCAUGAGGUAACUCUCACCAAAGAUAUUUUAAGUGCAGGUUGGCCAAUCAGAGAGGACUUGGCCUCUGACAGUCGGUUCAACCAGGCGAGCGACUCCGAUCCGUGGAUGGAGUCGUGCCUGAGAUCAAUAAUCCCGAUUGUUCUGCUUCAACCUCGAGGCUCUUAGAGCUUUGAUCUAGAACCAGUAAAAACUGACCGUCACUGCUCGCAGCAUCUUCAGCACGUUUUCACUGGUGAUUUUAAAGCAAAAGUUCAACAUUUUGAGAAAUUUGCUUCUUUUGUCUCAGAGUCUGUGCAUCAAAUACGAGGCCGCAGCAGGCGAGGGUCGGCUUAAUGUCGGCACAAAGAUUAAAAACGAGGAAACCGCUGUCUUUGCUCUGUCAAAUGGUAGAGAUUGAGUUUGUUUAAUUAGAAUAGAGAUUGAAGUGUGAAAACGUUUGUUGGUUAAGUGCCAGACUGUUUCUUGGCUCUGGCUUAUAAACCCCCUCCUCAAUACAGUAAAUUGUCGUUUUCACACUUCAGUCUCUAUUCUAAUUACAAAAGCUAUUCUAUUCUAUUCUAACAAAAGCGGUAUGUAACUGUUAGAUUGAGCCAGGCUAACGGUUUCCUCCCAUUUCCAGUCUUUAUGCUAAGCUAAGCUAACCAGCAGCCUGCAGUAGCUUCAUAUUUAAUGUGCAGAGAAGAGAGUGGUAUAGCUUUUUCCUUCAAAUUGUCAAACUUUUGCUUGCAUCAGCGUGGAGUUUUACCACCAAGUGGAAUAAAAUGUUCCUACGAACUGACUUGAGAUCAGUCUGGAGGAAGAACACUUAAGCUACUCUAAUGUACUGCCUCUGGAGAGAAGUCUGCAUUCUUCCUCAUUCACUUUUGUUUUUACUAUCCAUAUCUGCUUGUUUCACGUAACUGGCUAUCUGGAGGGCAGUUACAACAGCAGUCUUUACAAACUUACACCAGGGCCUCAACGAGUGAGACACUAUUGGCAUCAAAGCACAACCAAAAAUGUAAAACAUCACCAACAAAAACAGCAGAGGAUGUUUAAUAGUCACAUUUCCAUCGGUGAUGAAUGCAGAAUCAAAGGCUGCAGGGUAAAGACUGUAUGCAUCUCUUCAUUACCAGUUCAUGUAUUGUCAGUUACCAGAAUGGUGUUACAAAUGGGUUGCCUUGCAUGUUGUUGCCUUUCUGUUAAGUCACACCAGGCUAAAAUCCUUUUUUACUCAAGUGGGUUCCUCCUUUUAUGAGCCUCCUCUCACCGAUCUUAAAAAAUAACGAUAUUUUCUGUGCGGUCAUGAAUUGGCCGCUUCAGUCAAGGUUUUUCUUCUUUUUUUUUUUGAGUGAUGAGGUGGAGGAAAACACUUUUCAGAUGAGCCAAUGUGUGCACAUCUGGAUCACCUGUGCUGCUCUGCUCUUCUGAAGAAGUGUGAGGAGUCUCUCGAUUACACAUAAAUGCCAUAAACGUGCCCAUCGUUCUGCUUUGUCUGCAAACUCUGCCCUUAAAUCAGCUCUCUGGUGCUUCUGUGUUGUUUCUGGUCAUUUUCCUCAUGAAUGUAGCAAAUCUUUCAACUGAAUGUUGCUGUUGACAUGAAUUGUCAUGUUUUUGAAUUUGGUAGCCUCCGAUUGAGCGCCAUCACAGAAAUUUCAUUUUUUUUUUGUUAGUGUUUGUACUCUUAUGUCAAACUUUAACUCGCCCUUAUCUCAAUGACGCAGAAAGACGACAUAUUUAAGUUUGCUUUAAAGUUCUUACUUGAAUGUUACGUUUUUGCUCAAGUGACGCAUUCAGUCUGCCUUCUUUGUUGUGGUAAAACCCACAUGUUCACCGCUGAUGAAGAGGAAUGAGAUUUGAAAAGAUUUUAGGUUCACCUCUUGACCACAUUGCCCUGAGGUUUACUUGAUCUUCCUCUAGCGUACAGGUGUUAAUUAGAACUGAUUCCGAUGAUGUCGAUCUGUGUCCGUUGUCAAAUCGGGUGGCCGAGUUUGUUUUCUAUGUGCCAUAUCCCAGGAUGCAGUUUCAGAGUGGUGGUUUAGUGGUGCUGGAGAAGUCUUUGGAGUUGGUCCUCAUAUUUCAGCUUUUUACACUGUUCAGUUUACCCACAGCAUUUAUAAAAAUGCCUUUUGACAUCCAAAAUAAAACAAAUGGCGUUUAAACAGAGA